UUUUGCCGCCGGAAUCUUUUCAUCCUCAUUAUUUUCUUUCUUUUAUCUUGUGAAUUAAUUGAUAUUUUUAAUGAUAAUUAACGACUGUAUUGCAUUCCGUUUUAGUAAUUUUUAUGUGUUGUGCCAUUGUUAAUUUCUCGUGUUCACGUUUUAAGUUAUAAGAGUCCGAAAAGUACCUGAAAAUAUGAGCAGUCCUCGCAGUCAACCACCUCGUACUCCGGAACGUAGAUCGGAAAAUGACGGUUCUCUGACUCCCAGAAGAAACACACCUCGUAGUCAAAGACGACAAAAUGGUCAUGUCAACGGUGACGCGAAUAUACGAACACCUUCGAGUAGAAAUACUACACCGUCUCGUCGACGAGUACCGGGUACUUCUGAACGAGAUCAUGUAUCAGCUUCUGAAGCUGAUCCAACAUCACAGCCUCAGAACGCUCCUUUCAGUAGCCCAUUCCAUCAAGGUAUGAGCGAAAUAGAUCUUAGUUCGCCGAUGAAUUAUGGUACCCCGAGUUCUGUCGGAUCGACUAGAUCGACUCGGUCUGGUUUGAGAGGAACGCCAAUGCGUCAGCGUCCUGAUAUACGAACCGACCGCAGAGUUCGACAAGUCAACUUGGCUUUUGAUCAAAUUAACGAAGAAGAAGAAGGCGUCAUUAGCCAAAGCUCUGAGUCGGAUGCUGCUCCUAACUUCGUUAUUCUAGGAACCAAUGUAGUUAUUAGUAAAUGUAAACUGAAAUUCAAACGGUUUAUCGUGGAGUUUGUCGAAGAAUCUCCGGCUGAAGAUGAAAUAUCCGAAGAAAUCGAUAGAACUUUACCUCUGUACAUGCAGAAACUCGAGGAGAUUCGUGUCCUGGAAGAGCCAUUCUUGAACGUAAAUUGCGCCCAUUUGGAAUCAUUCGACGCCGAUUUAUAUCAACAGUUGAUAUGCUAUCCUCAAGAAGUAAUCCCCGCUUUCGAUAUGGCUGCCAACGAAAUGUUUUUCGAGAAACACCCUGCUGCUGUGUUAGAACAUCAGAUCCAAGUUCGUCCUUACAAUUCUCGUAAAACGAAGAAUAUGAGAGCUUUGAAUCCCGAAGAUAUCGAUCAUUUGAUUACGAUCAGUGGCAUGGUUAUAAGAACCAGCAACCUUAUCCCAGAAAUUCGCGAGGCAUUUUUCAAAUGCAUUGUGUGUUCAUUCGUGACAUCUGUUACAAUCGAAAGAGGAUACAUAAAUGAACCUACGUUGUGUUCAAGUUGCUCGACCAAUCAUUGUUUUCAAUUGGUCCAUAAUCGAUCCCAGUUCACUGAUAAACAAGUGGUUAAAUUACAAGAAUCUCCUGACGACAUUCCGGCUGGUCAGACUCCUCAUACUGUAAUGUUGAUGUGCUAUAAUGAUAUGGUGGACGCUGUACAACCCGGUGAACGUGUCACUAUUACUGGUAUUUAUCGAGCUGUUCCGAUCCAAGUUAAUCCUCGAGUCAGUAACGUGAGAUCCAUUUACAAAACUUACAUCGACGUGGUACAUUUCAGAAAAUUAGACGAGAAAAGAUUAUACGUUAAUGAAGAAGGAAAACUGCAUCAAUUCCCUCCUGAAAAAAUCGAACAAAUACAAGAAUUGUCGAAAAAAGACGACAUCUACGAACGUCUUGCUCGAGCACUGGCUCCGUCGAUUUACGAAAACGAUGAUAUCAAGAAAGGUAUCUUGUUGCAAUUAUUCGGUGGCACUAGAAAAUCAUCUGAGCAUACCGGUCGUGGAACUUUCAGGGCUGAGAUCAAUAUUUUAUUAUGCGGUGAUCCUGGUACGAGUAAAUCGCAAUUAUUGACCUACGUUUACAAUUUGGUGCCUCGUAGUCAGUAUACGAGUGGUAAAGGAUCAUCUGCUGUGGGUUUGACAGCGUAUGUAACCAAAGAUCCUGAAACCAGACAACUUGUUUUGCAAACGGGAGCUUUGGUUUUGGCUGAUAAUGGUGUUUGUUGUAUCGACGAGUUUGAUAAAAUGAACGAUUCUACGAGAAGUAUUUUGCACGAGGUUAUGGAACAACAAACGCUAAGUAUUGCGAAAGCCGGUAUUAUUUGUCAAUUGAACGCUCGUACAUCGAUUUUAGCUGCAGCUAAUCCAUGCGAAUCGCAAUGGAACAAGAAUAAGACAAUUAUUGACAAUAUCAUGUUACCUCAUACUUUAUUGUCGAGAUUCGAUCUUAUAUUCUUGAUGCUCGAUCCACAAAGCGAUCAAUUCGAUCGUAGAUUAGCCUGGCAUUUAGUCUCCCUGUACCACAGACGUAACGAAGAAGACGAGGAAGAAUUAAUGGAUAUGAGCAUUUUAAAAGAUUACAUCGCCUACGCUAAAGAAAACAUUCAUCCUCGUUUGAACGAAGCAGCAUCUCAAAGACUGGUGACUUUUUACGUAGAAAUGAGAAAAUUGGGUAGUGGUCGUGGUCAAGUAUCUGCGUAUCCUAGACAGCUCGAAUCAUUGAUUCGAUUAGCAGAAGCGCAUGCUAAAAUGAGGUUAUCUUCUAUAGUCGACGUUCCCGAUGUCGAAGAAGCUUUCAGAUUACAUCGCGAAGCUUUGAAACAAUCAGCCACAGAUCCACUUACCGGUAGAGUAGACGUUAGUAUUUUAACAAGCGGUGUCAGCACAGCUGCCAAAGAAAAACAACGCUUGGUCACCGUCGAGUUGAAUAAAGUUGUCGUUCAGUUGAAAAAGAAAUAUAAAAACGAUACCGAUGCGGUCACCGUCGAAAGGCAAGAAUUACUCGCCGGAUUAAAAGAAAGAAGUCACGAGCCAAUCACCGAUGAAUUAUUUGCCAAGUGUAUGAAAGAUUUAGAAGACGAUAACAUCAUCAAGAUUUUAACAAGAACUAGAAUCAAACUUAUCUAAGCUUCAGGAUUUAGCAGGUAUGGAAGAAAAAGGAGAAUAAUGUUGAGAUUUUAACCGGAGGAAUGAGCAUCGAGUGAAGUUACUUAAGCGUACAAAAUAAACUAAAAAGCUCAACGAAUAAGACAGAUAAUAUCGAUAGUAUUUAUUUUUUUUAUAUACAUACUUUUUAAUAAAAAUAUUUAACGAUUA